AUGAAUUCUGUUCAUCCUCCUGUACUAGUCGUAGGCGCUGGGCCACCGCGCUCCCUCGAACUCUACAACUUCCUGGACGUUUCAGAAGUUAAUGGUCUGGGAAAACCAGCCCCUCCCACCCGUUUAUACAAGCCCGGGACGUUGGAACCUCUUCAAGACUCAUCGAUGGCCCCGCAAAUGGAACCCACCCCAGCAAUACCAUUCCACAGCCUCAGAUUGAUGGGUCAACAGGUCCUAGAUGUGAUUCUGCGACGCCACCUAGAGAAGUUCUCUUGUUCUGUCGAGAUGGGCACCGAACUGUGCUCGUUCGAGCAGUUCGAUGAGGGCGUUACUGCGAUUCUAGCAAAGGAUGGCAUAUCAGAGACUUUUGACACCAAGUGGAUCAUCGGCGCUGAUGGUGCUAAAAGCGUCGUGCGUAAGCAACUUGGGCUCACAUUUUUGGGCGAGACUAGAGACGAUAUCCGGAUUGUGACCGGGGAUAUCCGUUUGAAGGGUAUCGGCCUCGAUAGAGCGCGUUGGCACCGAUUUGGAAACUUUAAUGAACGAGGCCUCUCAUUGCGUCCAACAGACGAAGUUGGCGAAGACGGCUGGCACUUUUUCCUCUUCGGUCACGAACUGGACCUGACGAAGAUCGCUAAGAGCGAAGAGCUUGUCUUCGAGACCAUCACGUCGUUAAUACCAACGGAGAUGACAUUCAGCAAGGUGGUUUGGAUGGGCGACUUCCGGGCCAAUAUCCGGAUGGUGGAUAAGUUUAGCGAGGGUCGAGUGUUCGUUGCGGGCGAUGCUGCUCACCCAAUGGGUAGCCAGGGACUCAAUUCAGGUGUACAAGAUGCAGUGAGUUGGGUAGAUCUAGCAUGGUGGAAACUUGCGCUCGUCCAGAAAGGGUUCGCCGACAAAACUCUUCUCGAAACAUACAGCGCCGAGCGUCUGCCUGUGAUCUCCGAGAUGCUUGGGGUGACCACCUCGAUUCUCGACAAGGCAAUAUCGUCUGGAGACGGGUCAAUCGGACGAAGUCCCAUCCUUUACAUGCUCGGCAUCAACUGCCGAUUCAGCACCAUCGUACUCGAUGAAUUUAUGACUUCAGUCGAGGGGAGGCCUAUCAACGCAUACGGAGUGCUUGACGAGGGGCAUCUAGAGGCUGGAGAUAGGGCGCCUGAUGCGCCCAAUAUGCUGCAGGUGGGGCGCGCAGAGCCUGACGAGACGACACUUUUUAGUUUGUACAGACCCUGGUACCAUACAAUGCUUGUAUUUGCGCCGAGUCUCGUUGAUGCUACCCCGAUCUUGGGUGCAUUGGAAGCAUACAACAAAAGCGUCGUGCGAUCGGCAGUUGUUCUGCCAUCAUCGACAUCAGUGACGUCUGUCGCAUCGUCUGCUAACUUUGUUCUUGUUGAUCGUGAGGGCCACGCUUAUUCGGCUUACCUUAUGGAAGCUGGCCAGACGAAGGUGUUUGUGAUACGGCCAGACGGAGUGAUUGGGGCGAUCGUUCGUGGUGCAGAAGGCGUGAGGAAGUAUUUCUCAAAAAUAUUUUUAGAUAUGUAG